AUGUUCUGGGGGAUGGAGAAAUGGGCACACAACAUAAUCACCAUCAUCUUUCCCAUAUCAUCACCCUCCUCUGUUGCCAGAUACACAUUUAAUUUUAGAACCCCAACUCCAAUUUACCCCACCCCCAAAUUUACUCAUGUCACUCUGCACCUCCCACACAACAAGGCGAAAGUGGGUUUGGAAGGAAACGAUUGCGACGACAACGACGGUGGAAGGAAAGGGUGUUUGUUCGUCGGAGUUCACAAUGGAAACAUUAAGGCAAGUGUGGCGUUGAAAGGGAAAGGUUGUGGCGACGACGACAAUGGAAGGAAACAAUAUGAUGUUCCGGUGGUUGCUGGUACUUAUCUAGGGCUUGAUAGUGUAUGGAACGGAUGUGGUGAGAAAUAUGAUGGUCGAGUGGUUGUUAGGUGUCCUGUCACAACUCUAAUUUCCAGCUGCCUAAUGGUUGCCGGCAGUGAAUGUGGCAUCCGAUGGUGGUUCAAACAGAUGUGA